AACAAUGGUUAUGUCAUUCAAUAAAUUGUUUGAUUUGGAUAUUUUAUACUUACUUAAAUAUCAUAUAAACCAUUAAAUGAUUUGGCUGUUUUAUAUAUUUUAAAAGAAUAGGUAAAGUUGUCAAAUCUAAAAGUUUGGUUAAUGAAAAAAAAAGUUUGGUUAAUGAUUAUUUGAAAAGGUUAAAAUUAAUAUUUUUGUUUUUUUUACCAUGUGAGCAAUUUUUACUAUUUUAAUAUUUCUUAAGCAGAAUCAUUUUAUUUUUAAUUGUUUAUGGAAGUUGUUACUGGCACGGCACUGCAUAAGUCCGAACACUUUAUGUCUGACUGUAGAACCGAGCCUUUCGACAUUUCUUUGUCCAAUUACUUUUUUGUUGUCGUCCAAUUACUUUUUAUGCAAAAAGAAAAGAAAAUUAGAGCCCAAAACGACGUUUCUUGGAAGUUUACAGCUAAAGUGCUUGUAAACUAAUUAAUUGAACUCUCUCUAAUUAAGCUUUAGAGUGAAAAAUCUAAGCUUCGUAGAAUAAAUAAAGACCAUAAUGAAAGGCAUGUCAAGAAAGGUCUUCUUUUGGAUAAUACAUAAUCUUUUCUCUUUAUCUCUCAGAAGAAACUUUAUGGUUCGUUUCUUUGCUUCAUAGAUUUUGCUAGAUUCUGAUUCAGAGUAUUACUUCGACUCUAGACACUAAACCACCGGUUGAUUCUUCCGGAUUUUCAUAUAGAACAUUCAUCUUGUUGCCUUCUUCUGCCUCAAGAAAUCGAAAACAAUGAACAUCUUUCUUAGUUGCUUCAAACCUAAGUUCUACAAGAAAAGCAAGUCUACAACCAGUUACAUGAAGAUUCGGCUCGAUAUAGUGAGGAAAAAAAGGAUUGCAAUGGUUAAUUUCUUGAAAAUGGACAUUGUGGAUUUUCUCAAGAAUGGCCUUGAGUAUAAUGCUUAUACAAGAGCAGAAAUGUUACUCGAAGAGCUUAGGAUUAUAUCAUGUUAUGAUAUCAUUGAACGAUUUUGUGACUGUAUAUCUGAAAAUCUCACACUAAUGCUGAAGAAAAGGGAAUGUCCUGAAGAAUGCAAAGAAGCUGUUUCCUCUUUGAUACAUGCAGCUGCAUGGGUUCCUGAUGUUCCUGAACUUAAGGAUCUUAGAGCCGUGUUUACUCAUAGAUUUGGGAGUUUCAUUCAUUCAUCUGUAAAUCAUGAGCUCGUUGAGAAAACUGAAUUGCGGAGUAGACCAUCACGUGAACUCAAGAUUCAGACAGUGAAAGACAUUUCUAAAGAGUUUUCGAUUGAAUGGGAUCCUACAGCUCUGAAUCUGUUUCUGCUUGGACAAACUUCAUCUUCGCAAAUUGAUGAUAAGGUAGAGACAGGAACUGAUGAUCCGAAGAUUAGGGAAGAGAAAAGUACAGUAAAUGAUCAAAGCGAGGAUGAAUCGGUUCUUUCAGAGAGCUGGACAAGGGAUUCACUGUCUAAAGGUAGUUUGAGUUCUAGUUCGAGUUCGAGUCGUAGUUCUCCAAGAAGAGACUCUGAAAAGAAGAAGAAGAAGAAGAUUCUGCCUUACGGAUUAAUCUCUCCUCCACGCACGAAACCAGGAGGUAGAAACAAUGAGAAAUCACAAGAGGAGAAAGAAGUAGACAUAUAAAAUAUAUAGGACAAAAUUUAGGUUCCCCCGACGCAAAUUUUUCAAUAUUAUAAUCAAUUAAACUGCCA